UCAGCGCACACUAUCAUGUGAUGGAACGUUGUGUUUUUCUGGUUCUCUGAGUGUUCUAUAUCUAAUCGCCCAGUAGCUGGGAUUAUGCUGCUGGUCCUGAGUGACGAGCACCGCGAGCACCUGCGGAUUCUGACCCAGGUGGACCCCUCUGUGGUUGGCGAGUUUGGACGUAUAGCUGUAGAAUUUCUAAGAAGAGGUUCAAAUCCCAAAGUGUAUGAAGGAGCUGCAAGAAAGCUGGAUGUCAGCAGUAUAACCAUUCAGCAAGCUGUGGAAGGUCUUACAUAUCUUCUAACUGAGAGCUCAAAGCUGAUGAUUUCUGAGAUUGACUUCCAGGACUCUGUACUGGUUUUGGGGUUUCCUGAGGAAUUGAAUAAGGUUCUUCUCCAGUUUUAUCUGGACAACAGGAAAGAGAUACGCAGAAUUCUUAGUGAACUGGAACCAUCCCUUCCUCAUUAUCACAACAUGGAGUGGCGCUUAGAUGUUCAGCUUGCAAGCAGAAGCCUGAGACAUCAGAUAAAACCCACAGUCACCAUGAAACUUCACAUGAAGCAAAACGAAGAUCUCACAACUAAAGUAUUACAGACUGAUCCUGCCACAUUACUCCACCUCAUCCGAGAACUGGAACAAGCUCUAGCAGAAAUGAAAACCAAUCACUGCCGGCGCAUAGUGCGCAACAUUAAAUAAAUAUGUGGCGGUUAUAUGUCCU